AUGGCUUCACGGACUUUCUCCGCUGUUUUCGUCGCUCUCUGUGCUUUCCAGGACAUCAAUUCCGUGACGGGCAACGCCAAUGACUGCGACACAGAGUGUGCCACAACUUACCCUGGGUCAUAUUUCACGGAUGAGGUCACUGAGGCCGCUACAAGCGAAGAAGGUACGACAGCAGCUCCCGAAGCAACGAGUACGACUGGUUCUGAAGCUACUGUCGAUGCCACAGUAGCGGCCAGUACAGCUGCGGUGACCGAUGAGGUGGCUGUCACUACUGCACCUCCUGUGACUGGCGAAAAGACCAUCAGCACGGCAGCUCGGGAAGCUCCCGGUAGAGACAAGGAUGACUCUGAUGCUACCACCAAGGUCGCUACGGAGGCUGCAACUGUCACCACUACGAUCGGUGCUCCUGUUGAGCCUACUACUACUAUAACGUCCCCUUUCCCGGUCAGCACAGCUGCUGUGACCGAUGAGGUGGCUGUCACUACUGCAGCUCCUGUGACUGGUGAAGUGACCAUCAGCACGGCAGCUGGGGAAGCUCCCGGUAGAGACAAGGAUGACUCUGAUGCUACCACCAAGGUCGCUACGGAGGCUGCAACUGUCACGACUACUAUCGGUGCUCCUGUUGAGCCUACUACUAUCACGUCCCCUUUCCUGGUCAGCACAGCUGCUGUGACUGAUGAGACUGUUGAUACUACUGCAGCCCCUGUGACUGGCGGGGUCACCAUCACCACGGCAGCUGGGGAAGUUCCGGGAAGAGACAAGGAUGAUGCUGAUGCUACCACCCCGAUCGCUACUGAGACUGCGACAGUCGCUACUACGAUCAGUGCUUCUGUUGAGCCUACUACUAUUAUGACGUCCCCUCAACCGGUCAGUACGCCCGCUGUGACCGAUGAGGUUGCUGUCACUACUGCAGCUCCUGUGACUGGCGAGGUGACUAUCACCACGGUAGCUGGGGAAGCUCCGGGUAGAGACAAGGAUGACUCUGAUGCUACCACCCAGGUCGCUACGGAGGCUGCGAUUGUCACGACUACGAUCGGUGCUCCUGUUGAGCCUACUACUACUAUAACGUCCCCUUUCCCGGUCAGUACACCCGCUGUGACCGAUGAGGUCGCUGUCACUACUGCGGCUCCUGUGACAGGCGAGAUGACUAUCACCACGGCAGCUGGGGAAGCUCCGGGAAGAGACAAGGAUGAUUCUGAUGCUACCACCCCGGUCGCUACUGAGACUGCGACUGCCACUACGAUCGAUGCUCCUGUUGAGCCCACUACUACUAUCACGACCCCUCAACCGGCCAGCACAGCUGCUGUGACCGAUGAGGUUGUUGCUACUACUGCAGCCCCUGUGACUGACGAGGUCACCAUCACGACGGCAGCCGGGGAAGCUCCCAGUAGAGACAAGGAUGAUUCUGAUGCCACCAACCCGGUCGCUACUGAGACUGCGGCUGUCACUACUACGAUCGAUGCUCCUGUUGAGCCUACUACUCCCACGUCCCCUCUACCGGUCAGCACAGCUGCUGUGACCGAUGAGAUUGUUGCUACUAGUGUGGAGACAACCGAUUCCGAGACUACUCUCAGUCCGAUUGUGUAG